GCAAUGGCACUGGUAGACAGAUCCAUAUAGUGUGAAGAAGAUAUCUAUCAUCUCCUCCGUCGAACUGUUCGCCAGCGGACGAUCCAUUUCCCGGCGGCUAUAAUGGGGAUGAACAUCGGAUUCGUAGUCGGAACUUUUGGUGUCUUGUUCCUCUCCCACGCUGCCUACUCUACCAUCCAAUAUAAGGCUUUGCUCAAGAUCACGGAGGAAGAGUUCUCUGUUCCUCCCUUCAACGUGGUGAUGGAGUUGAUAUUAGGGUUAGUACUGUGUCUGUGGGCUGCCCUUAUUGUGCCCGGGAAUUUUUUAUCCAUACAUCCUCAAUCCGAUGAGAACAGGGUGGUGGCUCUACCUGAAAAUCUUGACUUUAUGAUUUUCAAUCACCGCGGCCAAGCGUUGCCAUUGGAACUUGAUUUCAAGUUGAAGUGACACCAAGAAACCGAUCAAGUUUUGAGGACCCUUUUUUCUUAUUAUGUAAAACAAUUGAUUUGAUGAUACAAUGUUGUGAAACUACCACAUGUAACAUGUUAAAGUAGAUAGACUAUGACAUGAGAUGGUAUUCUUUUUCCUAUGUCAAUUUAUCAGUAUGGAACCCUAUAUAGGACUAUGGAGUAUAUUCUUGUCUUGGGAUGGAUGUUUGUUAUGUUUGUUUUUGGGGUCCGUGCUCCGUUUUCUUGAUGGGGCUAGGCAAGCUGAAUAUUCUCAUCUAUUUUGUUUGGAAGCACAUGAGAUAUACAUUUUUUUUAAUCGAACUGGAGAGGUAACAACCUCAGAACCUCAAGAAAGGUUCCUCGCUGUA